CAAACACAUCACAAUACCCCCAUCACAUAGCAUUAACUAAUGCACUAAAUAGCAAAAUGCUAAUUAGAAGAAUUAAAAGGGGUUGUGUAUAAAUAUAGCUUUUAUUCGCUUCUCCUCAAAUUAAAAGCUUAUAGUGUGUGUUUUCCCCUUUGCUCUUCUCAAAGAAUAUCAACCUUGAGAAGAUAUACCAUUUUCUUCCUACCUGGUUUUCUCUCUCCUUCUCUCCUCUGUUCUUGCAGCACAGGAGAGAAAAAACAAAUGAGGCUGGGAUAGAACACAGAUAGAUUAUUACAUACCCUCAAAUGUCACAAUUAUGAAAUAAAUCUCAAGAGCUUUUCAUUUUAUCCAUUUUUUCCCCCAAAUUAUAAGAAGCCCUUUUCUGAUUGCUCCUUCAAUAAUCCCAUUUACACACACGAACAUAUAUAUACAUACAUAUUUUCCUCUAUUCCAUGACCAUGCAAGAGGAAAAACACGAUUCUCCGGAAAAUCCUGCCGGGAAGAAGCUACCGCCGGCGGCGGCGGCGGAGGAGGAGAAAACAGGGGAAGGGGAAGAAGAAGAAGAUGAAGCGUGCGGGAAAACAGGGGAUGGGUCGUCGCCGAGGGGGGUUCUGGAGAUCCCGAUAACGGGCUCGAGUUCGGGCUCGGGCUCAGACUCGGACCAGGGCGUGGAGCGGAGCAGCAGCUUCGGGAGCGAGAAAUCGGGCGGCGGCGGCGGCGGCGGCGGCGGGUGGGAGGUGAGCUACGGGACCCUGCACUGGAAGAAGCUGUUCGGGCAGAUCAAGAGGCGGUCGGCCAUGAAAUUCUCGACCAUACCGUUGCUGGGAGGCUACGGCUACGACUUGUCGAGGAAGGCUUUCCGGCGGAAGCUCCUUGGGAGGAACCGCAGCGCCGCCGACGCCAUAGAUUGCGGGGAUUCCGUGGUGCCCAAGCCCUCAUGGAGGAAUUUCACCUACGAGGAACUCAAGCUGGCAACUGACAAUUUUAGCCCUGAGAAGCUUAUCGGCAAAGGUGGACAUGCUGAGGUGUACAAAGGCCUCUUGCCGGACGGCCAAAUUGUGGCCGUGAAGAAGAUAACAAAGGAACAAAAGAAUGACGAGGACAGAGUGGGUGACUUUUUAGCUGAACUCGGUAUUAUAGCUCACAUUGACCACCUAAACACCGCCAAGUUAAUCGGCUUUAGUGCCGACAGUGGAUUGCACCUCGUUUUACAGUUCGCUCCCUAUGGAAGCCUAGCCACUGUUCUACAUGUAUCUGAAGAGAGCAUAGCAUGGAAAUUACGAUAUAAGGUGGCAACUGGGGUUGCCGAGGGAUUGCAGUAUCUGCAUUCUGAUUGCCAAAGGCGAAUAAUCCACAGAGACAUAACUGCCUCGAAUAUAUUACUGUCUGAGAAUUAUGUACCUCAGAUAUCUGACUUUGGGCUAGCAAAAUGGCUACCUGAGAAAUGGCUUCACCAUGUUGUAUCUCCCAUUGAAGGAACUUUUGGGUAUAUGGCUCCAGAAUAUUUCAUGCACGGAAUAGUACACGAGAAGACAGAUGUAUUUGCUUUUGGAGUCCUAUUGCUAGAGCUCAUCACAGGUCGUAGGGCGGUUGAUUCGAGUAGGCAAAGCCUUGUGUUAUGGGCAAAACCACAUCUCGAGCAAAACAAUGUGAAAGAAAUGGCGGAUCCUCGUCUAGGUGAAGAUUACGACAUUAUAGAAAUGAAAAGGGCUAUGUUUACGGCUUCAAUAUGCAUACAUCAUUUGCCCAACUUGCGGCCCAACAUGACACGGGUUGUUCAGCUGUUGAGAGGUGAAAAUGAAGCAGUUGACGUAAAGCAAAAGUCGAUGGGGAUGAGAGCUUUGGUAUGGGAAUCGUGUGACUUGGAGGAUUAUACUUCUACCACGUAUUUGAAGGACUUAAAUCGUCAUAUGGAACUUGUAAUGGAGUAAAUAUUUUUUUUUUUUUCUGAAAAUCAAGAUCUUUUCUUUUUCUUUUUCUUUUAUUCUGUUUGGGUCGACUUGGUUAAACAGUUGAUGAUAGACUUGCUAUCUAUGCAUUCUGCUUGGACAAUUGUCGCGUUCCUUUUCUUUUGUGUGUUUAUUCAUCUGGGAUAAUGUUAUAGGGGCAGCUCAGAAAAGAAUUAUGAAAUGUUAAUACAGAAUAUUUUUUUUAAAAAAAAUGUAUAAACUUUUAUACUUGUGAUGUACUUGUUGAUUAUAAG